AGUACCAAACACCAUCAUCCUCUUCUUCUUCACUCUUUACUCUCUUCAACUGCAUUUCAAAACAAAACCAAUUCCGUGACUUUCAUCUCCCUUUCUCAAAACUCUAAACUCUUUCAUAUUUAUGCUCUUCACAUAAUAUAUAUAUAAAAACAGUUUUGUUAUCUGUACGGAAAAUAACGGUAAAAGUAACGAACUUCACCGGAGAAAGAAAGAGCAAAAUGGCUAUGGAGUUCGCUAACAGCGUGAGCUACGGGCUGAAGCUCUCGAAGCGGAUAUACUACGGCAAGGAUAUGCCGGCUCCGCCGGUGGAGGUGCCGUCGAUGACGAGGUCGGCUUCGUCAGUUUCGGGUUCGGAGAAGGAGGUGGUGGUGGUGGAGACGGCGUUGUAUAUGCCGGCGGCGCCGAUGGUGUACGCGGUGGUGCCGGAUCCGGAGGUGGUGGACAAUCCGGACAUACCGAGCUACCAGCCUUACGUGUACGGCCGGUGCGUGCCGCCGGCGCUGAUACCGCUGAAUAUGCACGGCGUGGCGAUGGAGAUCGAGAGCGUAUUGGACACGGCGUUCGUCGCCGUGAGCGGCACGUGGCGCGUGCAUUGCGUGAUGGCUGGUCAGCGCUGCGAUUGUCGCAUUGCCGUGCCCAUGGGAGAGCAGGGUUCACUUCUAGGUGUCGAGGUAGAAGUUGAUGGAAGAUCUUAUCAAGCCCAGUUGGUUACAAUGGAAGAUAUGGAAGACGUGGAAAAAGUGCCUAAAGUUGAAGAUGGACGCUUUCUCAAAGGCCAGAUAUACACUCUAAAAGUUCCAAAGGUUAAAGGAGGCUCCACACUUUCAGUUAAGAUCAAUUGGUCUCAGAAAUUAGCAUACAAUGAUGGCCAGUUUUGCCUCAAUGUACCAUUUAGUUUUCCAGCAUAUGUCAAUCCUGUUGGGAAGAAAAUUUCUAAAAGAGAGAAGAUUUCAUUGAAAGUGAACUCUGGUACUGGUAGAGAAAUUUUAUGGACAAAUGCCAGCCAUCCUCUUAAGGAACUAAAGCAUCAAGAUGGUAAAUUAAGCUUCUUAUAUGAAGCUCAAGUACCAACAUGGUCAAGUUCGGACUUCACUUUCUCAUACACUUUUACCUCAAUUGACUUCUUUGGUGGUGUGCUCCUGCAAUCUCCAUCUCUGCGUGAUUUUGAUGAAAGAGAGACGUUUUGCUUCUAUCUUUUCCCUGGAAAUAUUCAGAGUAGGAAGGUUUUCAAAAAGGAGGUUGUGUUUCUUAUUGAUAUAAGUGGAAGCAUGAAGGGAGAUCCUCUUGAAUAUACAAAGAAUGCAUUAGUGGCAUCAGUCUCCAAGCUCAAUCCUGAAGAUAGUUUUAACAUAAUAGCUUUUAAUGAAGAGGUACACUUAUUCUCGUCAACAAUGAAGCUGGCAACCAAGGAAGCUAUUUCCAAUGCUAUAGAGUGGGUUGGAACUAAUUUGAUUGGGAAUGGUAGUACAAACAUUUUGCUUCCCCUACAUGAGGCAAUGAAGUUGUUGGCCAAGACGAUUGAUUCAAUUCCUCUUAUUUUCCUCGUUACUGAUGGAGCUGUUGAAGAUGAAAAGCAGAUUUGUAAUAAUAUGAUAGACUAUCUCAAAAGUGAGCAAUCAAUUUGUCCGCGCAUUAGUACUUUUGGCAUAGGUUCAUAUUGUAACCAUUACUUCUUGCAAAAGUUAGCACACAUUGGAAGGGGUCACUAUGAUGCUGCAUAUGAUGCAGAUACAAUUAACUUUCGAAUGCAAAGAUUAUUUGCUAGUGCUUCAUCUGUCAUUCUUGCCAAUAUAAAGAUGGACACAUUGGUAGAUCUUGAUUCACUUGAGUUAUUUCCGUCUCAUAUUCCAGACCUUUCUUCUCGAAGUCCAUUGAUUGUAUCAGGAAGAUAUGAUGGAGGUUUUCCAGACACAGUCAAAAUUAGUGGUACCUUGGCAGAUAUGAACAAUUUUGUAAUAGAACUGAAGGUGCAAAGAGCUAAGGAUGUUCCACUUGAAAGAGUACUUGCAAGGAGACAUAUUGAUAUGCUCACAGCUCAAGCAUGGUUGUUAGGAACUAAAGAACUGGAAGAGAAGGUUGCCAAAAUAAGCAUACAAACUGGGGUUCCAUGUGAGUAUACCCGCAUGAUUUUGGUUCAAACUGAUAAAGCGACGAAAGCACCUGAUCCUGUUUUGUUGCAAGAGGUAUACAAGAAACUAAAACUGCAAAAGAAGGUGGAGUCGGAGGGCCCGAAGAACAUAUUCUUGGGAAAAUUAGGCGUUGGUUUUGGUAACUUGACUGCAACAGCACAGAAUCUUCCACCAGGAUUUGAAAAGGCAAAGUCAUCUGAUCCUGCAGAUCUGUUGGUUAAGGCUGCUUCCAACUGUUGUAGCCAACUAGCUGAUCGUUUUUGUUGCAUAUGUUGCAUCCAGUCUUGUUCAUAUGUGAAUAACCAAUGUGCAGUUGUUUUAACCCAACUCUGCGCUGCCCUUGCCUGUGUUGAGUGUAUCAAUUGCUGUUAUGAGCUCUGUUCAUGUUUCUAAUAAACUAUGUAAAGAUAGUCAAAGAAAAAAGUACAAGAAGUUCCUGUGUAUUGCUCAUUACAAAAAAUAUAUACAUAUGUACAUAGGCUUUGUGUGUGAAAAUAUACCAAGCUAGCAGCAGCAUUGUCAUUGAA